AAAUAUGGCUAUAAAUGUCAUAACAACCUAUACAUUGUUUGAUUUUUGUAGGAGCGGAGAUUAAGUAAAAACCAUUAGAAUAGAGCUGUGUAUAAAAUGAACUGGUUAGUAGUACUGAUUGCGUCAUCAUCGAUUUUUGUCGGAACAACUUCAGGAACUCUGCAGGCAUGUUACAAUUGCGUGGGUUCUGCUAAUUCUACUUGUGGCACUGGUGAUUUCAACUCUUCCGAUUCCAACAUCUUCGUGUCCGAUUGCCUGCAGAUUUACCACUACGCUAAUACAACUGAGGCGGUUUGUGUCACGUUGUCUGGGCCCACGGCGAUUCCAAAAUACAAUGGCAGCGAUAUAACAUAUCGGCUGUGCUUACCUAAGCUCAUAAAUGACAUUGAACUUUGCCAAUACGUGACUGAAAAUAAGACCUAUACACAGUCACAAUAUGGCUUUAAUGUGACCAAUUGCAAAACAUGUACAAGCGAUUUUUGCAAUGGAUCACCUGCAUAUGUGGGGUCAGUAGCUGCCGUUAUUUUAAGUGUUUUUGCUCUAUUGCAUGUAAUUUAUUAAUAUAAUAUAGAAAUUUGAAAAA